UUUGGGUCGAGCAGCGGUCAAAGAUCUCACUUUGAACGCGACAGCGGACUUUGCGAAGAUGGUCCUCCGACGCGUAACCCAAGGAUUGAAGGUUCAUUCAGAAAAUGUGGCUCCAAGCGAGAAUCGGGCCGCCAAACGCCCAAGAAACGAUGACUCCGGGCCCGCAUCGAAGCGGAGCGCAGUUGGACUCAAAGUGCAGUCGGAGAACAUCGCGAUGCCGUCGAACACAAAGAAAGUUCUCAGAGAGAACCAGGCGGCCGAUCUAGUCAAAAAAGAUAUCCUCAAAGAAAUCUCGAAGAACGAUGCCCCACAGAAAUCCGCGGAGCAGCCGACGAAGAAAGCUUCACCCGCUAAAAGAGCUCUUGUACAACCCCGAGUCAAGCGUACCAACGUCAUGGUUAGCCACACCGAUGCUUGCGCACUGGACUUCUACGUUGAGAAGGCUGAUCUGCCCGCAGGUGUGCCCGACGUCGACCGUCGAGUUCUCAACGACCCUAUCUGUGAGGCGCACUACGCACACGACUCGUUCGUGUACCUGCGGCAACGGGAGAAGAAAUUCAUCUGCCAACCCUACAUCCACAAGCAGCCCGAGGUGCCGAGCACCUACAGAGCCCUUCUUGUCGACUGGAUGGUAGAGAUCCAAGAAAGUUUCGAGCUCAAUCACGAGACCCUCUAUCUCGCCGUCAAGAUGGUGGACCGUUUCCUUAGCAAGGAGGACCUCCGAAGGUCGCAAAUUCAACUGCUUGGAGCCACCUCUCUGUUGAUUGCCAGCAAAAUCGACGAGCGAGUUCCACCUAGCCUGGACGAAUUCACCUAUAUCUGCGACGAUGCCUACACGCGCGACAUGUUCAUAGAAAUGGAACGCCAUGUUCUCCAAGUGCUCGAUUUUGAUCUCUCAAUGCCGCUCAGCUAUUCGUUCCUCAGGCGAUAUUGUCGCUGUAUGGAAAUGUCCCUGCGAGAAAUGACUCUCGCUCGCUUCAUAUUGGAAUGCUCACUAAUGGAAUACACGAUGAUCGGACACAGGGACAGCAAAGUCGCUGCGGCGUCCCUGCUCCUCGCCAUGGACAUUCUGGGCAUGGAAUGGAAAGAUACACUUACGUACUAUACCGGAUACAAAACGUCUGAGCUCUUGCCUCUCCGCAACGAGCUCAACAAAUUGGUGCACCGCCUGAAACAAGUAUCUCAGGAGGAAAACUCUACCAAAACAAUAUUCGUCAAGUAUUCUCACGAAGUUUUCCACCAAGUGGCUACGCUCGAAUUCCCCCCCGUGGAAGAAGCGACCUCAUCCAGAUGAAGAAAGUCUCCGCAUCACCUCCUGUGCUGAUCUCUUCCUGCAAACUCCUCCCAUCGUCGACGAGGGACGAGUUCCUAGACCCCGACGACAUAACCAACAAUGUAAAUAGGCAAUGAAUAUUGUAAAUACUGCAGAUAUGUGCCCCAUUCGUUUGAAUCAAUGGGUAUCGUGCAGUGGAGCAAAAAAACUUGGGAGAACUCCAAGGUCAGUAAAUGAGACCGAGUCUUCACCGGCGUAUGCAACGCAACUCUUAAACCGAAAAUAGAUGUUGUAGCGACAUUCAGAAAAAAAAAUUGUGUUUCUCUGUAAAAUAUAUAUAC